AUGCCGGUCCGACGGGGACACGUGGCGCCGCAGAACACCUUCCUCGAUACCAUCAUCAGGAAAUUCGAGAGUCACAGUCGAAAGUUCGUCAUCGCCAACGCCCGCGUGGAGAACUGCGGCAUCAUCUUCUGCAACGACGGCUUCUGCCGCAUGUGCGGCUACACGCGGGCCGAGAUCAUGCAGAAGCCGUGCACCUGCGACUUCCUGUACGGCCCGCACACCACGCGCCUGGCCAUCGCCCAGAUGGCGCAAGCACUGCUGGGCUCCGAGGAGAGGAAGGUGGAGAUCGCUCUCUACCGCAAGGACGGUGGGUGUUUCCUCUGCCUGGUGGACGUGGUCCCGGUGAAGAAUGAGGAUGGGGUCGUGAUCAUGUUCAUCCUCAACUUUGAGGUUAUGGACGACAAGCAGGACCAGACUCUGGAUCAUAACCACAAGCUGCCCGUACCCUGGCGCUCCUCUAGCCGGUCGCGUGGUAUCCGCCUGCGUCUGCCCGUGCUGCGUUCCCUCAGCAACAGUAAGCAGUCUCUCCAGGGCGACCCCGAGGCCGGUCACGACCCCCACCACCCGACGGGCACCCCUCCCCCCCGUCGCACCAGUCGUGAGUCCGUGGCGCUCGGCGAGCUCCUGCCCGUGCCCGAGAGGUCGCGGCCUUCGCUCACCCUCUGGCCCGAGGACCAGCGGACGCUGCUGGGCAGAGACUCGGCCCCCACGCCGCCGACGUUGCAGCCGCUGGACCAGUCGUCGCCGCGGCAACAGCACCGCCUCAACCCGGACGCGUCCACGUCCAACUGCAGCCUGACGCACAGCCGCUCGCGCGAGAGCUUCUACAGCAUGCGGCGCGCCUCGUCCGUCGACGACAUCGAGGCCAUGCGGCCCGACUGGGAGAGGAGGUUCCGCACCCGGGGCAGCUGCAGCAGCACAGGUGCGGUCAACAACAAGUCCAACAUCCUGAACUCUACCUCGGACUCUGACCUCAUGCGCUACCGCGCCAUCAGCAAGAUCCCGCAGAUCACGCUGAACUUCGUGGACUUCAAGGCCGACCCCCUCAUCGCCCUGCCCACGGGCGACAUGGACAUCAUUGCGCCCUGCAAACUCAUCGACCGCACACACAACGUCACCGAGAAAGUCACACAGGUGCUGUCGCUAGGCGCCGACGUGCUCCCGGAGUACAAGCUCCAGGCCCCGCGCAUCCACAAGUGGACGGUGCUCCACUACAGCCCCUUCAAGGCCGUCUGGGAUUGGCUGAUCCUGCUGCUCGUCAUCUACACGGCCAUCGUCACGCCCUACUCGGCCGCCUUCCUCCUCAACGACCAGGAGGAGCAGAAGAUCCAGUCGUGCGGCUACUCGUGCAGCCCGCUCAACGUGGUGGACCUCAUCGUGGACAUCAUGUUCAUCAUCGACAUCCUCAUCAACUUCCGCACCACCUACGUCAACGCCAACGACGAGGUGGUCAGCCACCCGAUCAAGAUCGCCGUGCACUACUUCAAGGGCUGGUUCCUCAUCGACAUGGUGGCCGCCAUCCCCUUUGACCUGCUCAUCUACCGCAACGGAGAGGAGACGACCACUCUGAUUGGCCUGCUGAAGACGGCCCGGCUGCUGCGAUUGGUGCGCGUGGCCCGCAAGCUGGACCGCUACUCGGAGUACGGCGCGGCCGUGCUCUUCCUGCUCAUGUGCACGUUCGCGCUGAUCGCCCACUGGCUGGCCUGCAUCUGGUACGCCAUCGGCAGCGUGGAGCGCGGCGGCUCCAUCGGCUGGCUGCACGCGCUCGGGGACCAGCUGGGCAAGCCCUACAACAGCUCCGUCAUGGGCUCGGGGCCCUCGGUCAAGGACAAGUACGUGACGGCGCUCUACUUCACCUUCAGCAGCCUGACCAGCGUGGGCUUCGGCAACGUCUCGCCCAACACCAACUCCGAGAAGAUCUUCUCCAUCUGCGUCAUGCUCAUCGGCUCUCUGAUGUACGCCAGCAUCUUUGGGAACGUGUCGGCGAUCAUCCAGCGGCUGUACUCGGGCACGGCGCGCUACCACACCCAGAUGCUGAGGGUCCGGGAGUUCAUCCGCUUCCACCAGAUCCCCAACCCGCUGCGGCAGAGGCUGGAGGAGUACUUCCAGCACGCCUGGUCCUAUACUAACGGCAUUGACAUGAAUGCGGUUCUCAAAGGGUUCCCGGAGUGUCUGCAGGCUGAUAUCUGCCUGCACCUGAACAGGACCCUGCUCCAGAACUGCAAGGCCUUCAAAGGCUCAACCAAAGGCUGUCUGCGCGCUCUAGCCAUGAAGUUUAAGACGACGCACGCGCCGCCUGGCGACACGUUAGUCCACGCGGGGGACGUGUUGACCGCCAUCUACUUCAUCUCACGCGGCUCCAUCGAGAUACUGCGCGGAGACGUGGUGGUGGCCAUAUUAGGAAAGAAUGACAUCUUUGGGGAGCCCAUUAACCUGUAUGCGCGUCCAGGUAAGUCCAAUGCGGACGUGCGGGCACUGACUUACUGCGACCUGCACAAGAUUCUCAGGGAGGACGUCCUGGAGGUGCUGGACAUGUACCCCGAGUUCUCCGACCACUUCUGGAGCAACCUGGAGAUCACCUUCAACCUCAGAGAUACCAACAUGAUCCCGGGCUCUCCGAGCAGUGAUGACUCCGACUGUGGGGGAUUCAACCGACUACGCAGACGCAAGCUGUCCUUCCGCAGACGCACCGAGAAAGAUGAGGCUGAUGCGGGGGAGGUCAAGAGAAGCCAAAAGCCCACUCGCAGGAACAGGAAGAGGGCAGCCAGCCAGGGGGAGGGGCUAAAACCAGACUGGGAUGGGCACCAUAGUUCUGUCUCCUCCCACUCCAGUGGAGAUGAAGGGGAGGAGUCUCUCCACCCAGGGCCAAACCCUCCUCUCCCCUUAUUGGAGCUGUCCCAGCCUCAGGCCACGCCCAGCACAUAUGACACACCUGAGACGGAUGGAGACCCCAAAACAGGAAACACCUGCAAUGCACUCUCAGGUGCAUUCUCAGGUGUGUCGAACAUCUUCAGUUUCUGGGGGGAGAGUCGGGGGUCUCGUCAGUACCAGGAGCUUCCCUGCACCAGUCUGCCGUCGCCGCCGCCCCUCAACACCCCCAUGCACAGCAUCAGCCGCCGCCAGCGCUCCGAGGUGGAGAGCCGUCUGGACCUGCUGCAGAAGCAGCUCAACAGGUUAGAGACGCGCAUGUCGACAGACAUCGGUGCGAUCAUGCAGCUGCUGCAGAGGCAGAUGGCUCUGGUGCCGCCGGCCUACAGCACCGUGUCCUCCCCCCCUCAGGGCUCCUCCUACCCCAGCCCCGCCGAGAGGCUCGUCCAGCCCGCCACACCGCUCGAGUCCGAGACGCUAGCCUCGCUGUCACAGAUCUUGGACCAGCGGGACUUUGAGGAGUUCCCCGCUGCAGCCGCCUUGUCCUCCGAAUCCCUGAGGAGCACGGCGGACUUCCAGACCUGCAGCAGCACCCUGCUGCUCACCCCCACCGAGCCCCCUCCUCCUGCCCCAGCGCGGGACAGCCUGACCGGCAUCACCCUGCCCCUGCCCCUGCCCCUGUCCCGGCCCCUGGAGUUGCCCCUGAGCCUGGACCCCCUGCCCCAGGCACAGGCCCCUCUGCUGGACCAAGAGGCCCAGAGGAGGCUGUCCCUGCCCGAGCCCCAGACCCCUCUGGACUCACGGACACCACAGCGGCACAGCUCCGACCCCGGGAGCUAG